GGCGCCCUCGGGCCCCCCGGGGCAGGGCCACCCUCAGCACAUGCAGCAGAUGGGAAACUACAUGGCGCGGGGGGAUUUUUCGAUGCAGCAGCACGGGCAGCCGCAGCAGCAGAGGAUGAACCAGUUUUCUCAAGGCCAAGAAGGCCUCAAUCAGGGAAACCCUUUCAUUGCCACCUCAGGACCUGGCCACUUGUCUCACGUGCCCCAGCAGAAUCCCAGUAUGGCACCUUCUUUGCGACACUCGGUCCAGCAAUUUCACCACCAUCCCCCCACUGCUCUCCAUGGAGAAUCAGUAGCCCACAGUCCCAGAUUCUCCCCUAAUCCUCCCCAGCAGGGUGCUGUUAGGCCGCAAACACUUAAUUUUAGUUCUCGGAGCCAGACGGUACCCUCACCUACUAUAAACAACUCAGGGCAGUACUCUCGAUAUCCUUACAGUAACCUUAAUCAGGGAUUAGUUAAUAAUACAGGGAUGAAUCAGAAUUUAGGCCUUACAAAUAACACUCCAAUGAAUCAAUCUGUACCAAGAUACCCAAAUGCUGUCGGAUUUCCAUCAAACAGUGGUCAAGGACUAAUGCACCAGCAACCCAUCCACCCUAGUGGCUCACUUAACCAAAUGAACACGCAAACUAUGCACCCUUCACAGCCUCAGGGAACUUAUGCCUCUCCACCUCCCAUGUCACCUAUGAAAGCAAUGAGUAAUCCAGCAGGUACACCUCCUCCGCAGGUUAGACCUGGUAGUGCUGGAAUACCAAUGGAAGUUGGCAGUUAUCCAAAUAUACCCCAUCCUCAGCCGUCACACCAGCCCCCUGGUGCCAUGGGAAUUGGACAAAGGAAUAUGGGCCCCCGAAACAUGCAACAGAAUCGUCCGUUUAUGGGUAUGUCUUCAACACCACGGGAGAUGGGUGGGCACAUGAGACCAAAUGGUUGUCCAGGUGUUGGCCUUGCAGAUCCACAAGCAAUACAAGAGCGACUAAUUUCUGGCCAGCAGCUUCCUAGUCAACAGCAGUCUUUUCAACAGCAAAUGCCAACCUGUCCUCCCAUGCAGCCUCAUCCAGGGAUACAUCAUCAGUCUUCACCACCCCCACAUCCUCAUCAUCAGCCUUGGGCACAGCUUCACCAGUCACCACAAAACACACCACAAAAAGUGCCUGUCCUUCAG